CGACCCCACUGUCCCACAACAGCAAAUGGGAAGUCAAGACAGGAGAGGGCUGUGUUGGUUGGACUUGGGGGACAAGCAAGGGAGCAAGAUAAAGCAAAUGGCAGCUCCUCUGCCUUUCAUUCUCAGAAACCCUCCUCUACGUCUCUGCACUCACCACCUACUCCCUCCUCUUUCCUACACCACCACCACCGCAACAACCACCGCCAAGCCCUUCUAUCUGAUUUCCUUCUCUCCCUACAACGCCAGGUCCUUCCCCAUCCUAAUGUCAACUCAGAUGGAAGGGCGUGAAAUUACAGAGGAAGUUACGGAGACAACUGAGACCAAUGUGAUUGGGACGAAGAAAGUAUUUGUGGCCGGUGCCACUGGAAAUACAGGUAAAAGGAUUGUUGAGCAGCUGCUGGCCAAGGGUUUCGCAGUUAAAGCCGGAGUUCGGAACUUGGAGAAAGCGAAAGCUAGCCUUCCCUCAGACAACCCAGCUCUUCAAAUUGUGAAGGCAGAUGUUACAGAUGGUUCUGCUAAGUUAGCAGAAGCAAUCAGCGAUGAUUCAGAUGCUGUGAUUUGUGCCACUGGAUUUAGCUAUGGAUGGGAUGUGUUUGCUCCAUGGAAGGUUGAUAAUUUUGGCACAGUGAAUCUCGUUGAAGCAUGCCGUAAACUUGGUGUGAACCGGUUUAUUCUUGUGAGUUCCAUCUUGGUCAAUGGGGCAGCAAUGGGGCAGAUUCUCAACCCAGCUUACAUAUUUCUUAAUGUUUUUGGACUCACCUUAAUAGCAAAGCUUCAGGCAGAGAAUUAUAUCAGGAAGUCUGGUAUAAACUACACGAUUAUAAGGCCCGGUGGGUUGAAAAACGACCCUCCAACCGGAAAUCUUGUAAUGGAGCCGGAGGACACACUUUCGGAAGGCAGCAUCUCUAGAGAUCUGGUAGCAGAAGUAGCUGUAGAGGCAUUAGCGAAUCCUGAAGCGUCUUACAAGGUUGUGGAGAUAGUUUCGCGGCCUGACGCACCUAAGCGUUCGUAUGAGGAUCUUUUCGGUUCCAUCAAGCAGCGGUGAUCGUUCACUCACUGAGUUUCAUACCAGAUUACUAUGUUGUCAAGAGUAAUAGUAGUAUUCCAAUUUUCACUAAAUUAUAAAUAAUUCUCGAAAUCAAGUUUUUAGUAAAGAUAUUGAACAUCACUUCCAAAAGAAAAUAAGCAAGAAAAGAAUAAGAUGGGGAAUUUAAAGGAACAAGUUUAAAAGAAGAAAGCCAGCAAAGAAGCCAUGGCCCCUAGUGCAGCAGCAGGAGCACCUAGAGCGGCUGCCGUGCUCUCCAUCGGUGCAGGUGCAGGAACACCAACAUCUUCAGCAGCUCCGAACGACGCGAAGCUCACAAGAACAAUCGUGCAGAUGGUGAAAACCAUGGCCAAUUUGCAACCCUCCAUAUUUUUCUUCUUCUGAACACUACUUCUCAAGUCACAAGUAGAAGUGUGCUGAUGUUUUUGGUUUGAGGAAAAUGAUGAAGCUUAAGUGGGUUUUGUAGGGAGGGGAUUAAGGAGUUUAGUGAAUGGGAGCGUGACACAUGUCGGAUUAUGUUGCUUUAACAGCAAGCAAAAUGAUUUGGGAGUGGUGUGGGAUGUGUUUAAAAAUGCAAGAUUAGGGGAAUAUAAUCUCUUUCCAGACAAUUGCUCGGAAUAUUUGCAUCAAUUUUAGUGGAAUACAUGUGAGAGUUUGAGCUU